UUUAGGCAACUGGCCACGCAGUAGUAAAUCCGCCACUGCUCCCAUCCAGUAGGUCUCCAUUCCCCGAGAGAGAGAGACUCCUUCCGGGCUAGGGUUUUGGCCACCCAAAAUGGUAGCUGACCGCGGCAAGAAAUCGAAGGUCGCCGAUAGAACUCAGGACGAACAUUCCGAUCACAUUGACACUGACCUUGUCCUCUCGAUCGAAAAGUUGCAGGAGGUCCAAGACGACCUCGACAAGUUUAAUGAAGAAGCUAGCGAGAAAGUUUUGGAAGUAGAGCAGAAGUAUAAUGAGAUCCGCAGGCCUGUCUAUGUUAAACGGAAUGAGAUCAUCAAUUCUAUUCCUGACUUUUGGUUGACUGCUUUCUUGAGUCAUCCUGCACUUGGUGAUCUUUUGAGCGAGGAAGACUCAAAGAUUUUCAAGUACCUAGAUUCUCUUGACGUGGAGGAUUUUAAAGAUGUGAAGUUGGGGUACUCCAUAACAUUUAACUUCAAACCUAAUCCUUAUUUUGAAGAUACAAAGCUGACGAAAACCUUUACAUUCUUUGAUGAGGGAACUACUAAAAUAACUGGCACAAACAUCAAGUGGAAGGAAGGCAUGGGUGCUGCUAAUGGAGUUAAUCAUGAGAAAAAAGGGAACAAAAGGCUGCCUUCUGACGAGAGCUUCUUUAGUUGGUUUAGUGAGACCCAACAGAAAGAUAUUUUGGAGGGGCUUCAUGAUGAGGUGGCAGAAAUUAUAAAGGAGGACUUGUGGCCCAAUCCUCUCAAAUAUUUCAACAAUGAAGCUGAUGAGGAAGAUUCUGAUGGAGAUGAGGAUGAUGAUGAGGAGAAAGGUGAUGAUGAUGACGAAGAUGGUGAUGAGGAGGAAGACAGCUGAACUCAAUGGAUAGCUUUUCACCUUUCUUGCUUCCGAAGUUUUGUUCAUGGCAACCCCAAUCAUAAUUGUCAGUUAUUAUUACAGACCUCUUGGUGACAAAAAAUAACUAUUUUAGGAAGUCACUGAAUGAUAUCUACCUUGUGAUUAACAAACUCUGCUCAUGGAUUUUUACUAGUAAUAUUUAUAACUGCUUCUUAUACC